GUACAGGGAUGUGAUGUUGGAGACCUACAGGAACCUGGUCUCCCUGGAGCACAGGCUCCGGACGCGCAGGCUCAGCGGCCAUGGCUCACGGGCCCAGCUGCUCCGAGGCAUGUGGGAUCUUCCCGGACCGGGGCACGAACCCGUGUCCCCUGCAUCGGCAGGCGGACUCGCAACCACUGUGCCACCAGGGAAGCCGCUCUCGUCUUUUUGAUUAUAGCCAUUCUAAAGAUCCCGCUUCUUACAUUCUUGGAUGUAUCUCCGAUAUGUGUCAUAUAUAUGUGAUGAAGAAAUUACAACCUAAAGUGAACAGUGAUGGAGGAGAAGUAUUCCAAACAGUGAUGUUGGAAACAUGUGAAAGCCAUGAAAUAAGAGAUUUUUACUUCAAGGAAGUCCAGGAAAACAUGCAUGACUUCGAGUAUCAGUGGAGAGAUGAUGAAAGAAAUGGCAGAGGAAUGCCUAUAACCUGUAAAGAAAAUCUCACUUAUAAAAGAAAUCAACAUUGGAAAAGGGAUGCAGGAAACAAGCCUGUUGAAAAUAGGUUUGGAUCAAGCUUUCGAGAUAAACUGCUGAUAUAUCAAACUCAAGGGAAAAUUUAUGAAUGUAAUCAAGCUGUGAAGUCUACCAACAGUAGAGGCCCAUUUUCAAUACUUGAAAGAAUUCCUCCUAGUGUCCAGGCCAACAUUUCUAAUAUAUAUGGGGAUGAUCUUAUCCAUCUUUCAGGACUGGCACAGGAACAGAAAGCAUACAAGGGAAAACCUUAUAAAUGUGGUCAGUUUGGCAAAAUGUUUCAUCAGGGCUCAUACCUCACUAGACAUCAGAUAAUCCAUACAGGAGAGAAAUCAUACAAAUGUGAUGUAUGUGGCAAAGUCUUUAGUCGAAGUUCACACCUUGCAAGUCAUCGGAAAAUUCAUACUGGAGAGAAACCUUACAAAUGUAAUGAGUGUGGCAGGCUCUUCAGUCAAAAAGCACACCUUGGAAAUCAUCAGCGAAUUCAUAGUGGAGAGAAACCUUACAAAUGUAAUGAGUGUGGCAGAGCCUUUACUCUUCGCUCAAAUCUCAUCAGACAUCAGAAAAUUCAUACAGGCAAGAAAUUAUAUAAAUGUGAUACAUGUGACAAAGUCUUUAGUCGAAAUUCACACUUUGCAAGUCAUCAGAGACUUCAUACUGGAGAGAAACCUUACAAAUGCAGUGAGUGUGGCAAGGUCUUUAGUCGAAAUUCACAUCUUACAAGACAUCAGCGAAUUCAUAGUGGAGAGGAACCUUACAAAUGUAAUGAGUGUGGCAAAACCUUUAAUUUUUGCUCAAACCUCAUUAAACAUCAGAAAAUUCAUAUAGGAAAGAAAUUAUAUAAAUGUGAUGUAUGUGGCAAAGUCUUUAUUAGAAAUUCACACUUUGCAAGUCAUCAGACACUUCAUACUGGAGAGAAACCUUACAAAUGCAAUGAGUGUGGCAAGGUCUUUAGUCAAAAUUCACAUCUUACAAGACAUCAGAGAAUUCAUAGUGGAGAGAAACCUUACACAUGUAAUGAGUGUGGUAAAGCUUUUAGCCAAAGUUCAAGCCUGGUUGACCAUCAGAAAAGUCAUUCUGGAGAGAAACCAUAUAAGUGUUUUGAAUGUGGCAAGGCCUUUAAGCAAUGGUAUUACAUCAAGAUUCACCGAAGAAUUCACACUGGAGAGAAACCAUACAAAUGUGAUGUGUGUGGCAAAGCCUUUAUUGCUCCUUCAAGCCUAACUAAUCAUCAGGUAAUCCAUAGUGGAGAGAGACCUUACCAAUGUAAUGAAUGUGGGAAGACAUUUAGGCAACAGUCUGAAAUCAGGAUUCACCAAAGAAUUCAUGAUGCAGAGAACCCUUUCAAGUGUAAUGAAUGUGGCAAAGCCUUUACUCAGCGUUCAGCUCUCACUACACAUCAGAUAAUCCAUAAAAGAGAGAAACCAUAUAAAUGUGAUGUAUGUGGAAAGGUCUUUAGUCAAAAAUCACACUUUAAAAUCCAUCAGAGAAUUCAUUCUGGGGAGAAGCCAUACAAGUGUCACGAGUGUGACAAAGCCUUUACUGUGCGUUCGAGCCUCACUUCCCAUCAGGUAAUCCAUACAGGAGAGACAGCACAUAAAUGUGACGUUUGUGGCAAGGGUUUCAGUCAAAAUUCACACCUUGUGGCUCACCGUAGAGUUCAUACUGGAGAGAAACCUUACAAAUGUAAUGUGUGCAGCAAAGCAUUUAGUGUGCGAUCAGGCUUAACUUCCCAUCAGGUAAUCCAUACAGGAGAGAAACCACAUAAAUGUAAUGUAUGUGGCAGGGGCUUCAGACAGACUUAUCACCUAGCGAAUCACCAGAGGAUUCAUACAGGAGAAAAGCCUUUCAAAUGUAAUGAAUGUGGCAAAACAUUUAGCGUGCAGUCAACCUUAACUUCCCAUCAGGUAAUCCAUACGGGAGAGAAACCACAUAAAUGCGAUGUGUGUGGCAAGGGCUUCAGACAAAGUUCACAACUCGUGACUCACCGUAGAAUUCAUACUGGAGAGAAACCUUACAAAUGUAAAGAGUGUAACAAAGCAUUUAGUACACGAUCAACCUUAACUUCCCAUCAGGUAAUCCAUACAGGAGAGAAACCAUUUAAAUGUGAAGUAUGUGCAAAAUUCUUCAGUUAUAGGUCUCACCUUGUGUACCAUCGGAGAAUUCAUACUGGAGAGAAAAAAUGACUUGAUUGUGGCAAAGUCUUUAUUUUGCGUUCAAGCCUGUCUUACCAUCAGGUAAUGCACGCUGGUGAGAGACAUUACAAAUGUAAUCAGUGUUGCAAGGCUUUUAGAAGGUGUUCACUCCUUAGGCUUCAUGAGAAAAUUCAUACUCAAUAGAAGCUGUAUAAAUGUAUUGCGUGUGUCAAGCCUUUUAGAGAAUGGUUUGACCUUAGUAUUCUAUAAAGAAUUCAUUCUGGAGAGACCUUACAAAUGAUAUGAGUGUGUAAAACCUUUACUCGGGUCACAUCUCACCAGUCAUCAGGUAAUCCAUACUGGAGAAAACCUUACACGUUUACUGAAUGUGGCAAGGCUUUUUAGGUAUUGCCUAAACUCGGGGUUCACCAAAUGCUUUGUACUUAACAAAUGCAAGGAGUGUGGCAAAGUUUUGAAUUACUGCUUACUUUCAGGAUACAUAAGAAUAUAUGUCUUGGAGACAAACCACACGAAUCUAAUGUGCAUAGCAAGGAUUUUACCCAGACAUAAAAGGGGGAAUAUACUGGAGAAAUAGUUUACAAAUGCACUGGGAGUGGCAACAGUUCUACCUUGAGUUCAAGUAUUAUACAACAACUGAGAGUCCAUAUUGAGGAGAAGCUGUAUAAAUGUGUGGACAGGUUUAUCCAGGCCUCACACUGCACUAGACUUAAAAAUAUACAUCUUUCAGAAAAACCACACAAAAGUAAUGUGCAGGCUAAGGCUUUACCCAAAGAUCAAAACUGUGGAACAUAAGAGGAGGUAUAGGGCUUCCCUGGUGGCACAGUGGUUAAGAACCCAUCUGCCAAUGCAGGGGACACGGGUUCAAGCCCUUGUCUGGGAAGAUCCCACAUGCCGCGGAGCAACUAAGCCCGUGCACCACAGCUACUCAGCCUGCGCUCUAGGGCCCGUGAGUCACAACUACUGAGUCCAUGUGCCACAACUACUGCAGGCCACGUGCCUAGAGCCCAUGCUCCACAAUAAGAGAAGCCACCACAACGAGAAGCCUGCGCACUGCAACCAAGGGUGAACCCCGUCGCCACAACUAGAGAAAGCCUGCGUGCAGCAAUGAAGACCCAAUGCAGCCAAAUAAAUAAAUAAAUAAACCUUUAUUUUAAAAAAUCCGCCUGCCAGUGCAGGAGACAUGGGUUUGAGUCCCGGUCCAGGAAGACCCUACAUGCCACGGAGCAGCUAAGCCCGUGUGCCACGACUACUGAGCCUGUACUCUAGAGCCCAUGAGCCACAACUACUGAGCCCUCGUGCCACAACUGCUGAAUCCCGUGGGCCUAGAGGACAUGUUCCUCAACAAGAGAAGCCACUGCAAUGAGAAGCCUAUGCACCGCAACGAAGAGUAGCCCCUGCUCGCCGCAACUAGGGAAAGCCUGUGCACAGCAACGAAGACCCAAAGCAGCCAAAAAGAAAAAAAAAAUUAAAUUGAAGAGCAACCUUACAAAUGUAAUGAAUGUUGUAAAGUUUUUUUUAUCAACUAUUCACAUCUUGGGCAUAAUGAGUGAAUUCAUGCAGGACAAAAACUAUACAGAUAUACUAAACAUGGAAAUACCUUUAAGAAACUGUGUUCUUAAGAUUCACCAAAGAAUUCGUGUUGGGGAGAAUCCUUACAAAUGUAAUGAAUGUGUAAAUUUUUUGGCCAAUUCUUACAAUACACCAUACAUCCAAUAAUCCAUACUAGGAAUAACUAAGUCUUUACUUCUCUGAGAUUAACUUGAGAUGUUACGUACUACAGACUAAUUACAAGUCACAAAAUAUUAAAACUUAUGACGUGUAUCACUGCAGCAAGGACAUGUGGAAAUGGUCCUUCUGUUCUAAUAAAAUACAGAGUAUUUCAUUUGA